UCAACUCUAGUAUAAAAAUAAACGAAAAUUGAUUAAAAUAUGUAAAACAUAGUCUGAAUGCUUGUUAUGAAUUACAAUAGUAUUAGAACUUCUAAAAUAAAAUGCAAAUAGUAUUAGAAGUGUAACUUUUUAGCUGAGAGUGGUGUUCUACUGCUAGUCCUAAUGAAAUGCAACGUUCGUGAGCUCGCUCACUUGAGCGACCAGCCUUGUGUUAUUGAGGGGAGAUUAAACUACAAAAAGAUCUCCAAUGGGGGCUACCGCAAUCAAGCAGUGUUCAAGGAGAGGUGGUUCCGGCUCAUCAACAACUACUUGUUCUACUUCAAGAUAAGUGAGAUGGGCAAGUUUGAUACAAAGAAUCCAGCCGGUGUCUUUGUUAUGGAAAACUCAUCUAUCCAGAUGGAGCAUGGACCUAAUAUAUCAUUUUCAUUUUCUAUAUCUUUUAUAGACGAGCCAGAGAAGCGCCACGUGUUCGCAGCGCGGGCCGAGGACAACGUCGUGCAGUGGGUCAUCAAGCUGCGCGAGUGCUCCUACGAGUACCUGCGCGAGCGCCUGCACACGCUGCAGUCCAAGAUAUACUCCAUUACUGGCAAGGACCCUCUACUACUAGUGCCGCGCAACGAGGGCGCGUGCCUGUGGGCGCCGGCCGUGCCGUUCUCCACGGCGCCCGCCUGCACCGUCAAUACCAGCUCCUUCAGCUGCCAUCUCCACACCGCCGGCGCCUUCACGCUCGAGCGGAGCAAAUCCGACGCGAACACACAUAGACACUUACGCACCACCAAUGCGACUUUUUAUACCGACGAACCUAGUGACGGACACAAAAGUGAUACGAAAGUUUUCUCUCUCGAAAGAAGUAAAACGUCCUCGUUGUUCAAAAGCCAGAUCGAGUCCCUCGAGGGGUCGAUAUUCGAUAACGGGAAGUCGAUCGCGAGCUGCGCGCCGAGUCCGCCGGCGCGGAACCGGCUGUGCCCGGCGGGGACAGGGCCCGCCCGGCGCGGGGCGGGCGCCGACGUGCGCGCGCUGGCCGACAGCGGCCGCCUGCUGGGCGCCGCCGCCGCCGGCAUCCUCGGCGACGCGCCCGUGCCGCCGCGCCGCAAGGUCUCUCCCAAGCCCGCUCAUCUCAACAGCGACACUGGCCGGUCGCAAGAUACCGAAGAUCUUAUUCAAUUUUAGUCUAUUUAUAAUGCUAACGUACCACGUCCCCCACCUAGUUAAAAUACGGCACGCAGGCAUGUCGAUGUAGAGAUUGUAGAUAGGGUUUGUAUGCUAAGAAAUUGUAUUUGCCAGAUUUGUGAUAUUUGUAAAAUAGAAGAUUGUAUUAUAUAUCUAAUAGAAAGAGCUUGUUGGUAUUCGUGUAUAUAGUUAUACUUUGUAUUUUUAUAUAAAAUUGGUAUCGUAUUUUUAUAUAACUAUUUUAAUAAAUAUGGCCUAUAAUUUUACAUGUAUUAACGAAGAACUUGUUGGGAAUGUUAAGUCCGGAAAGGUCAGUAGAAAUGUUCAGUAUUCUAGUCAAUAUUCAGAACACAUUUGUGUAUAACGUGCUGCCUGCUCCAUUAAAUCGACACUAAUUAAUUUUAGAAAGUAUAAAUACGAGGCAUUUAUCGAACACUUGUUACUCAUACAAGUUGUAUGUCAAUUUUAUUGUUAUUAUUUUGGUUCUACCUCUUUGUUAUAACAACUUAUCUUUGUCCUUCAUUAGGAUGUUAGGUUCACGCUUAGCACAUUUGCUUGUAUAUGUAACACUACUCAAUCACAGUUUAUUUUUAGUUUUAGUUUGUAUUGACUAUUCAGUGCUCCUUAACUUAUUCUAAUGUAACAAUGCCUGUAGGUAUUUUUUAGUAAAUUACCACAAAAGGUGAUGAUACCUUUAUUAAAAUAAUUCCACGAGGAAUAUUAUUAAACUGUAAAAUUUCCUUCAUUUCAUCAUCAAAAAUAUAACAUGUUACAUUUUUCCUUGUAUGUAUAUUUAAUAUUACGCGCUCGAAUCGUACCGGCGAAGGAAAACAUACACUGCGCUAACCGAACCGAGGAUAAGUACCUACCUUAUCUAGCAACCAUGUCUAAUUAUGGUUUGAAUUUAACGAAUGUAAUAUAAUAUCCGUGAAGACGAUACGUGACCGAUUUUCAUACAAAAUAUCAAUUACUGCUUAUAUUAUGGCAAUUGUUAAAAAUACCAGCGUUUUUGUGUUUUUAAAUAAGUCAUUAAUCAUUGUGACGCGUUAUGAGGAAACUGACUUUAUUGGAUAAAAUUACCGUAUCUCGAUUGAUCGAGGUUAAAAGAUUGCUUAUUUUGGUAGAAACUAAUUUAAUAUUAAUUAACAUACAACGAAAAAUGUAUCUUGACCUACUGACAUGGUGGGAUCAGUAAAAUGUUAUAAGCUGUCAUUAUUAAGUCCGAAUACAUUUUCGAUAAUAGGUAGUGUACAAUGAACCAAUCUGAAUCCUAGGCCACUGUAGAACCCUUUCACAGUAAAAGCCAAACUGACUUCUAUAGCAAAUAUAGCACGGUGUCAAUACGACAUGACUCUAGAGUGGUCUAGGAUUCUAAUUGGUUGACUGUACCUACAUCUAAUUAAAUUCUUAAAUUACAUCUAAUUGUAAUAAAAUGUACCUCCUAUACUUUUUAAGUGUUUUUACCUUUGUAACUAAAUAAGAAUAUAUAUUUAUGAAAUAUAAAGUUUGCUUUUUAGUCGUAUUUUUAUGUCAAUCUAAUCCACAUUUCAGUUUUAAACUAAUAUUCAUUUAUACAAUCAUCUGACACACUUAUGAAAUAAUAUUGUGUCAGAUAUUUUUGCUGCCUUGCCUUCUUUUUGUGCGAUGUUAAUAGCCGGUGAUUGUACAAAUUCGGUAGUUUUAUUUAGCUAACCGUAAUUAUUGUGGCAAUGAUGUUAGAAGUCCUUUCUGUUAUGACAGGACUGAGGUUGGAAUGAAAUUAAAGGUACGGAGGAAUCCUAUAGGAAGAAAAUUAUAAGACAUCCAGUUAAGUGUAACAUAUAUAUUUUUAUUUUUUUUGUAAAUUAUUACAAGCACAUCUCUGAAUAGCAAGUCUAAUGUAAACUCACUAGCGUCACAGUUAAUAUAACUGCGGCACUUUUAAGGCUCGUUUAGACGGCGCGCGAAAUCACAUGCGAUUUUAAUUACAUUGCGCACUUUUGAGGUUAAAAAUAAUUCAACACACCAAAUACAUUGCGAAUGAAACUCGCAUGCGUGUUCUCGCAUCGUGUAAAUGGGCCAUUGUCGAGGCACAGUUCUAGCAUACUUACUAUAGCUACUUACAUAAUUACAUAUAACAAUUAAUGCACGUAUUAUAUCACUUACAAGGUUGUAAAAUUACUUCUAGCACUGAUACAUAAAUAUGGUUAACAGCGUUCAAAAAUAUGGACUAGUAGGCAUUUAGUUAAGUAGGUACCUACUUGAAAUGUUUAUACAAAAAUAACGUCAUCACAAUUUGUAUUUCUAUAACCAUAAAGUUAUAAAUUCUAGUAAAGUUGUAGCUACCAUUAAGCCAAUCUAAUGAGACUCUGUAACAGUCAGUGUAGGUAAAUGUGAUAAAAGCUCUGUUCAGUUACCAAUGUAGCUAAUACCUUCUUUGCCAGUAAAUACCAUCAAGUGGAGUAAUAAGGAUUUUAAAAAAAGGUGACAUUUUGACAAUAGCAAAUACUUAUUACAAAGGAAAGGUGCUAGAUUCAAAUAGGUAUAUAAAGUAGGUGCAGCGUUUUUCAUUCAUUGUAAUUUGGGACUAUUUAAUUCCUUUCCUUUAAUCCCUUGUCGUUUUA